CUCCCUAACCUAGUGCACAGUACGGCAUAUUUUAUCGGUAAUUCAACGGUAUUUUAAUCAUUUUAGAGGGGAUUCUGUUGGGGGUGAGAUUCGAGGGGUUUUGAAUUGACAGAUUAUCGUAUGAUUGGAGCCUAAGGACGAACUUCAGUUCAAACAAAUUUUUCGAUGGGAAAAACGACAACAAUCAUGAAGUUAGGGUAUUAAUGGGCGCCAUUUUGAGUCGACGGAGUAUAGAGAGAAUUGGAGGAACUGUGGAAUCAAGUUGAGAAUUGUCUAUCUCAUCCUGAAUUUGAAUGUGACAAUUAAAAAUAAUGAAAAACUGUUUAAAAACAAAAUGACUGAAUUAAUUAAAUUUACCUCUGACUGGUAAAGGUAAAGUGUGCGGUUGUGCGUCCCCACUCUAACGCCCAACACAAUGGAUGGAAUAAAAUUGCAUCAUCAUUUAUCUUAAUCAUUUUAAUCAACAACUUGACAUAUCACAAUAAAUAAGAAAAUGAAGGAUUAAUCGGUAUGCUCGUGCUGUGCGUUGCUCUCCCUCCACGUAUUCUGUAUCAGCUCGACAAACUGCUUCCACCACUGGCUCUGAAGAGUAAAAUAGAGUGCACAGGCUGCGAUGAAGAGCCAGGACAGGAUGAGACAGUAGUCGCACUCGUUGGAUGGUGUGCUGGGUACUGGCCCGGCAAAGUCCCCAGAGGUGACGUAGAGGGAACCGUUCGGCUCCAGAGCUGUGUAAUCAGUAACGAAUUUUGCAAAUGACUCCAGGGUGUAGGAGGAGUCGUUGAACCUCACUAGGGGCUUCCCAUUGUACACGAACAUCAAUGUUGGAACUCCGACAAUGCCAAAUUGUGUAUUAAAACUGAAAAAUUGUGAAGAUGAAUAGAAAAGAAAUUGCAUUAUUCAACAAUGAAGCCAGGUGGUGGGGGGCCUGUGAAAAACACCGGCUGGUGCGAUUGUUGUUGUUGGAAGAGAUGAGAAAACCGUUGGACUGGAGAAUCUGUUGGAUUUAUUUGUUUAUUUAUUGAUUUUACUUCGGUUAUGGAGAAUUCUGAGCCUGAAAAAGUGGUGAUAGCGCCUGGAUUCAAAGAGGACUGUGUAAGGAUCUUGACGGAGUUCGAGGGGAAUGGAGAUUGGAGCUUUCAAGGGUUCUGCGAGGUGUGGAGAAGACUGAAGUUCACGAAUGUUUAUUGGAAUCGAUCGACUGAAGCAGAGAUGUUGGAAUUCUGCGAGGAAGCCCUCGCCAUCGCAAAAGAAUUCAUCUCUCCUGCCUACAACGAUACCCAGAGGCUGGGAGGUAUCUUCCUCCUCUAUGGACUCUUCUUCAAAUCCCUGGUCAAGGGCCCCAAGAUCAGGCUGACCAGGGCGGAGUGGGAGAAUGUUGUCAAGCUCAGGGACGAGCUCUUCAAGGACGAACGGUUCGAGGCUGUCUAUGUCUUGAAUAAUCUCAUAGAGUCACAUGCCUUCGCUUUCUGCUUCAAAGAACGAGAGAAGGGUCUGGAGAAUUACUACAUCGUGAGGGACGCGAUGACGAAGGACAGAGCCGAAUCCUCCCGCAGCAAACCGAACGAAAUCAUCUCGACUUUAACCGAAAUUUUGAGCAUCAGUGACUCUUACAUCCAGACUAAAUCGAAAUUAAUUGAGAGUUCCACUGGAACUGUUCCGAAACUGUACAAUGGGCUCGUAAUCGAGAGAUUAUUGACAGCCAUCGAGACAAUUCAAGACUCAAAGGGCAAAAAAAUGAAGAAACGAAGAGCAAGUCAUGACGAAAAUUUCACUAUGGAUUCUUCAUCUCUUGAAUCUGAUGGCGAUGACGAUAAUUUCGACCCCGACAUGUCAUCAUUCACUUGAAUUUCAUUCUCAACAUCUCAAGAACUAUUUAAUUGCCCUCAAUAUUUUGUAUAAUUUUUAUAAUAAAAAGAAGAAAGAAAAAA